AUCGCCAUCGAACAGUCGAUAAUCUUCUCAACGUGCUUUAUAUCAAAGUUGACGAGAAGAAACGUCAAUCGUAGAGCAGUAAUCGUGUUUAAGAUCCACAAAGAAUGUCGUGAGAAAUUAAAAAGGAGAACAGGAGUGUCUUUGAUGUUCGGGAGUUCAAAACGAUCUCAUCGAUCCAUCCGUGACGAUGAAUUCUUUAUGACAUACUCUGCAUACUUCGUUGCAUGCAUUGCUCUUUCUUUGGGUCAUCCACAUCACUCUCUAUACUCCCUGCUCUCUUCAAGAAUGACGUGGCACUUUCUGCUGAUCAUAUGCUGCUACUUGUACGCCCUGCUUGACAUGACCGUCCCGCAUUUUCCAGAACUGGACUUCGAUGAGUACGGAAAAAAGGAAACCUCUUUGUCACUGAGAGACAUUCUGCCAUUGAAUUCAAAACAAUAUGAUAAGCACAGAGCACCAAAAUUCCUCGGCCAACCCACUGUCGUUUAUUUUCAUGUGACAGUGCUUAGCCUAGACUCGAUAAAUGAGGAAUCGAUGACGUACGUGGCCGACAUAUUUCUCGCUCAGAGUUGGCGGGACUCUAGGCUACGGCUACCAGAAAACAUGUCCGAGGAUUACCGAAUACUUGAUGUGGAUUGGUUGCACAAUAUCUGGAGACCCGACUGUUUCUUCAAGAAUGCGAAGAAAGUUACCUUCCACGAAAUGUCAAUACCAAAUCAUUAUCUUUGGUUGUAUCACGAUAAAACGCUGCUUUACAUGUCCAAAUUGACAUUGGUGCUCUCAUGCGCGAUGAAGUUCGAGUCCUAUCCUCAUGACACUCAAAUUUGUUCGAUGAUGAUUGAAAGCCUUUCGCACACGACUCAAGAUCUGAUAUUUCUAUGGAACAUGACCGAUCCGCUUGUGGUUAAUCCGGAAAUCGAGCUACCGCAACUCGACAUAUCGAAUAACUACACAACCGACUGCACGAUCGAAUACUCGACCGGAAACUUCACGUGCAUACAGAUUGUCUUCAAUCUGCGCCGGAGACUGGGUUAUCACCUGUUCCACACGUACAUCCCAUCCGCCUUGAUCGUCGUCAUGUCCUGGAUCGCCUUUUGGAUCAAGCCGGAAGCUAUUCCGGCACGGGUCACCCUUGGCGUGACGUCACUGCUGACUCUCGCUACUCAAAACACGCAAUCUCAGCAAUCUCUACCACCGGUCUCGUAUGUGAAGGCGAUCGAUGUGUGGAUGUCUUCGUGCAGUGUGUUCGUCUUUCUGUCUCUCAUGGAAUUCGCAGUAGUAAACAACUACAUGGGGCCAGUCGCGACAAAGGCCAUGAAAGGAUACUCAGACGAAGAUCUUCGCGAGGCCAUCGAUGAUUUCAAGACGCCGAUGAGGCCGGAUGCCGAAAGAAACAGAAGUCCAACGAGGCAACCGACAGUUCAGCAAUGCUGCCAAGGACGAGCCACUGCCAUUUAUAUUGACAAGGUCUCUCGAUUUUUCUUCCCCUUUUCGUUUUUUAUUCUAAAUGUUGUGUAUUGGAGCACAUUCCUGUAA